AUGAGACGCGAAUCUCAACCCCCCAAACAAAAAUACAUAUCCACGCGAACCACCCGAUCAGCCGCACGAGCAAAAGUCAGCAGCGCAAUGGGGAGUCUGGUAAGAAAAGUUACUGCGAGGGAAAAAGUAAAUAGGAAGAUAAAGCAUCUAGAUGAAGAUGCACAUCCUAUCAAUAGCGUACUCAAUAGGAGGAGUGAGAGAGAUACGAAGAAGACCUCGAUGACUACGGCUGUUGAGAAGUGA